AUGCAGUCGUGUCUAAAACACACUUCUUUAGGGUUUCUGAUCAAUGAAUUGCAACAUUUAAAACACAAGAAUAGACUUUAUUUGGGCGAUAGAGUUGACUGUGUUUUCUGGGACUUCACUCGAAAUAAGUGGUCUUCAGAGGGCUGUCGUCUCAUAGAGAUGGACUCGGAUCGUGAGACCACUGUCUGUGAAUGCAAUCAUCUGACAAACUUUGCGGCUCUUAUGGACACGAGUGGCCGAGAAACUGAUGACUACAUGAAGAAUGUGGUCACUCAAUUGUUGGAUAUCAUCACCAAAACAUCCAAACAAUAUAUGGAUUUUUAUCGGUCCCGCAGUGAUAGUAAUGGCAGUGAAUAUUAUUUUCAUCGCAUACCUAAUCCAUGAAGUAAUCAAAUUGAAGUCAUCAGUCAAUAGGCGUCAAGUGUUGGGAUUCUUGUUAUUAUUAUUGAAUUCCGGUAUUUCG